CUCUUGGCCUAACACACCAUUUUCUUCUCACACACUUGCACUUUCUCACUCAGUGAAUUGAAUUCAUCAUUCGCGAAGAUGAAGAAGGUUUCUGGCUCAGCCCUAUGGGUGGUGGUUUUGGUGAUGGCGCUGAUGCUUGUAACUGAGGUGCGCUUGUCAAAUGCAGUGACAUGCAACGUUGCGCAGCUGAGCUCAUGCCUGCCGGCGAUCUCGUCGUCGACUGCUCCGUCAAGCGCUUGCUGCAGCAAAUUGCGAGAGCAGAAGCCGUGCCUUUGUGGGUACCUGAAGAACCCAAACCUGAAGCAGUACGUAAACUCACCUGGUGCCAAAAAGGUUGCUAAUGCCUGUGGGGUUACCCUCCCUAGCUGUUAGGAAACUAAUUAAAAUGAAGCUCCCCUUCCAAAAAAUAGCUACACUUCUAUAUCAGUCGCUGUAGCAGAGUGAUAUAUUAUGUAUUUGUAUGAAAAUGAAGAGUAGGAGUUUGAUAAUGUUGUACGGAAUAAGAUGUGGAAGGGAAGUUACACAAUAGGUGUGUAAUCGGCUGGCUAAUAUGAAUUAAUUUCAGUAAUAUUGUGUUUAAUAGUA